AUGACGGAUGUGGAUGGUGGGACUGAUCAGGACAUAUUUGAUAUCAAUGAAGAUUUGGGACUAAACCUUUUUGAGGGAGACAUCAAACUCGAUGAGGCACAAGAGAGAAAUUCCAUCAUUGGUGAAAAAUAUAGAUGGCCUCAUUCCAUUCCAUAUGUGCUGGAAGAUAGCUUGGAAAUGAAUGCUAAGGGAGUUAUUCUCAAUGCAUUUGAACGCUAUCGCCUGAAAACAUGCAUUGACUUCAAGCCUUGGACUGGAGAACCUAAUUAUAUAUCAGUUUUUAAGGGAAAUGGCUGCUGGUCUUCAAUAGGAAACAGGCGUGUUGGGAGGCAAGAGCUCUCCAUUGGGGAAAACUGUGACAGAAUAGCAACAAUUCAGCAUGAGUUCCUCCACGCACUGGGGUUCUGGCAUGAGCAGUCACGUUCCGAUCGGGACGACUACGUCCAGAUCAUGUGGGACAGAAUUCAGCCAGGCAAAGAGAACAAUUUUAAUGUCUAUGAUGACCAAAAGUCAGACACCCUGAAUACGCCCUAUGACUACACUUCAGUAAUGCACUACAGUAAAACUGCAUUCAGAAAUGGAACAGAACCUACAAUUGUAACAAGAAUUGAAGACUUCAUGGAUGUGAUUGGCCAACGGAUGGAUUUCAGUGAAACUGAUCUCGUGAAGUUGAAUCGACUGUAUAACUGCUCAUCCUCCUUGAGCUUUAUGGACUCAUGUGAUUUUGAACUGGAAAAUGUGUGUGGUAUGAUUCAAAGUUCAGCUGAUAGUGCUGACUGGCAGAGGGUUCAUGAGGCUCCUGUGGGUCCCAAUACUGACCACUCCUCUAUGGGCCAGUGCAAAGAUUCUGGCUUCUUCAUGUAUUUUGACUAUAAAUCUGUAAAUGUGGGGCAAAUAGCAAUCUUGGAAAGCAGAACGCUGUACCCUAAAAGGGGAUUUCAGUGCUUGGAAUUUUAUUUAUAUAACAGUGGAAGUGCAAGUGACCAAAUGAAGAUCUACAUCAGGGAGUAUUCUGCAAGCAAUGUGAAUGGCAUUUUGACCCUCGUGGAAACAAUCAAAGAUAUACCUGUUGGGAGUUGGCAACUUUACUACAUAACUUUGAAAGUGACCAAGAAAUUUAGAGUGGUAUUUGAAGGAGUCAAAGGCGCUGGUACAUCAUUGGGUGGCCUGUCAAUUGAUGACAUCAAUCUUUCAGAGACACGGUGCCCUCAUCAUAUCUGGCAUAUAAGGAAUUUCACACAGCUCAUUGGCAGCCCAAAUGGAGAUCUAUAUAGCCCUCCAUAUUAUUCUUCUAAAGGUUAUGCCUUUCAGAUUUCCUUGAAACUAAACCAUCCAACUGAUGUAGCAAUAUAUUUCCACUUGAUCUCUGGAGCCAAUGAUGAACAAUUACAGUGGCCAUGUCCUUGGCUACAAGCCACGAUGACACUCUUGGAUCAAAAUCCUGACAUUCGACGGCGUAUGUCCAACCAGCGGAGUAUAACUACAGAUCCAUUUAGGACCACCGGUGAUGGAAACUAUUUUUGGGACAAGCCUUCCAAAGUGGGAAAGGACGCUUUUUUUCCUAAUGGAACGAAGUUUAAAAGAGGCCCGGGCUUGGGAACCGGUUCCUUUAUAACCCAGAUGAGGCUGAAAAGCAGAGAUUUUAUAAAAGGGGAUGACGUUUAUAUUCUACUGACAGUGGAAGAUAUAGGCCACCUUAAUUCUACAAACCCACCACACCCAAACCCAACCUCUGGUGGUGUCAACCGGAACCUUUGUGAAAACGUCACAUGUGAGAAUGACGGUAUCUGCACCGUCAAAGAUAAUAAAGCUGUGUGCAGGUGUGCAUCAGGGCCGGAUUGGUGGUACAUGGGAGAGAAGUGUGAGAAGAAAGGAUCCACGAAGGACACUGUUGUCAUUGCCGUCUCCUCCACUGUCACUGUGUUUGCUGUGAUGCUGAUAAUCACUCUUGUCAGUGUCUAUUGUGUCAAGAAGAAAUAUAGUAAGAAAAGUUCACCUUCAGCAGAUUUGACUAUGGAAAACGUGCAGGCAUUUUGAAGAUUAACUCAACAAUAAGGCCAGCAAAUAAAAUGCAAAAGGAUUCAUUGUCAUAGACUUCAUCCAAAAUUUAUUACAACCACC